GCAAAGUUUUUGUUUGCCUCUUCAUUCAAGAAGACAGCUUGAGAGGGGGUGCAACUGAGUCAGAGUCAUGGUUCUCAAUGUGUCAAUCUUGUGAAUAAGAGGGGAACACUGGUGGCACCAAGGGAGUGGUUGGAGCAGCCAGCACCUCACACAGAUGCUACUGACAAAGGAACAACUCUCCUGCUCAGCGACUGCGUGUCCAACAAGGAGGUGAUGACGUAUUGACAACGUGCAUAACAUGUAACCAAUACUGACGAGUUAGCAUAUAUCUAACAUUUUUGUUUCAUUUUUUUAAAUCAUUCAAAACCAGUGUGAAAAUCAACCCGAGGCACUUUUCAUAGAGCGAACUGCGGCAAAUGAAGUGGAUAGGAUCCAAACCUUUGAUGUGUUCUUUUGAAUGACAACACCUUCUUUGAGCACGACGGAGACACACAAAACACAAUUUUUCUUGACCUCAUUUGCAAUUUGCAAGAUGGUUUGGUUGUUUCACUAGCUUUCAUUCAUCGUGUCAAGCAAGAGGCCGUCGGGGCAAAUGACAUGUGACAUGUCAGUACAAUGCGCCAGUGAACGCUUUGCGUGCUCCCCGUGAUUGAUACUGUUUCUUCUCGAGGCCUGUGGCAGGAACGGGUAGUUGGUAGCUGGUACAGUGAAGCAGGAUGGCUGAGCGCUAUGCGAUCUCCAAGGUGAAUGUGCCAGAGGGCGCAGCUGUGCCGGAGCUUGUCAAGAUGAAAAUGGAGAAAGAAGAGAAGCUGGCGGAGGAAAAGAAGCAAGCACUGGCUGCGAAGCAAAAGGCUAGAGAGGAAGAGCGUGCCAAGCUGAAGGAGCGAACGGUGGCCUAUGAGAAGGAGUACGCAGACACAGCUGCUGAGCUUGUGAAGCUCCGGCGUGAAGCCAAGCUGAACGGCAACUUCUUCGUGGAGCCAGAGGCAAAACUUAUUUUUGUGGUGCGCAUUGCGGGUAUCAUGAAGAUGAGCCCAAAGCCAAGGAAAGUGCUGCAGCUGCUGAGACUCAAGCAGUUGCACAAUGGCGUGUUUCUCAAGGUCAACAAGCCAAUCUUGAACAUGCUCAAACUCGUGCAGCCUUAUGUCACCUAUGGCUAUCCCUCCUUGAAGACAGUCAGGGAGUUGAUCUACAAGCGUGGCUUUGGCAAAGUCAGCAAGCAGCGCAUUCCACUGUCCUCCAAUGACAUCAUCUCUGAUGCCCUGGGCAAGCACGGCAUUCAUGGCAUGGAGGACAUCAUCCACGAAAUUUACACAGUGGGCCCCAACUUCAAACAGGUCUCCAAUUUCUUGUGGCCCUUUAAGCUCUCCUCUCCCAAGGGCGGCUUUGUCAACAAACGCCAUGGCUAUUGUGAAGCUCGUGGUGGUGAUUGGGGGAAUCGCGAGGAGCUCAUCAAUGAGCUCUUGGGGCGUAUGAACUGAGCCGAAGAACUGGGACCAGCUGCCAUCGAAACAAAA